AUGGCCACGGACUCCGGAAGGGGAGAUGAGGGUACGCGUCAAGCUGGCGACGCAGCCCCUUCUCAAGAGCAAGAAGCAGGAGAUGCUGCGGCUAAGAAGGACAAGGAGUUCGAGGAGGCUUCGGCCGUGGUAGCGCGGCACGUCAAGCUGCUGCGGGAGUACAACGAGAUCAAGGACGUAGGACAGCAGUUGAUGGGCCUAGUCGCUGAAAACCGCGGGGCGACUGUGGGGAGCUUGUAUGAGACGGGGGAGUUUGGCGUUGGGCCGAAGGAUUGA